AUGGAUGUUUUACCAGCGUACCCCAAUACUCACGGGGUGGACAAGAAAGAGGAGGAAUAUGAUGUAGAUGCUGAAAAGAGGGAUAUCAUGGCUGGUCAAGUUCAGGAUGCAUUUGGAAGUGAAGAGGACGCUGAGAUCAAGUACAAGACCUUGACUUGGUGGCAAUGUGGCUUGCUGAUGAUUUGUGAAUCUGUUUCCCUGGGUGUGUUGUCUCUGCCAGCUGCCGUGGCGACAUUGGGUCUCGUCCCGGGUGUUAUCUUGAUCGUUGGCCUCGGUCUUCUCGCUUUGUACACAGGCUACAAUAUUGGAUUGUUUCGCCAGCGUUAUCCUCACAUACAGAGUCUGGCAGAUGCCGGAGAAAUUCUGCUCGGCCGCUUUGGGCGUGAGCUCUUCGGUCUAGGUCAAUUUCUGUUUUGCAUCUUUGUGAUGGGAAGUCAUAUUUUGACCUUCCGUGUCAUGAUGAAUACGAUCACCGAGCACGGCACUUGUUCAAUCGUCUUUAGUGUGGUAGGUAUGGUCAUUUCGAUGGUGUUAUCCAUCCCGCGAACGAUGAAAGGAAUGACGUGGGUUUCAUUCGCUUCCUUCCUGAGCAUCUUCGGCGCGGUCAUGGUUACCAUGAUCUCUGUGGGUGUACAGGACCACCCCGAUCGGAUUAUUCAUGCUACGGUAGAGACAAAUCUCUACACUGGCUUCCAGGCGGUGUCUAAUAUUGUCUUCGCCUACUGCGCUCAUGUCGCCUUCUUUGGUCUCAUUGCUGAAAUGGAAAAUCCCAAGGAUUUCAACAAGUCUUUACUCAUGUUGCAAUCUUUCGAGAUCUGCUUGUAUCUCACUGCCGCUGUCGUCAUCUACUACUACGUUGGCACUGAUGUUCACUCUCCUGCCUUGACCUCCGCCGGACCUGUGAUGAAAAAGGUUGCAUACGGCCUUGCCAUCCCAACGAUUGUUGGCGCUGGCGUUGUGAAUGGCCACAUUGGUCUGAAGUAUAUCUAUUUCCGGGCCUGUCGCAAGUCAGAUCUACUGCACAGUCGCAGCUGGAAGUCCGUCGGUAUCUGGCUCGCACUAGGCUUGACCUGUUGGGUUGUCGCGUGGAUCAUCUCAGAGGGUAUUCCUGUUUUCAGCAAUCUGAACAGCCUGAUCAGUGCUCUCUUCGCGAGUUGGUUCAGUUACGGGUUGAGUGGAAUCUAUUGGCUGCACCUGAACUAUGGCCAAUGGUUCUCCAGCCCAAAGAAAAUAUUGUUGACGAUACUCAACAUUGGAAUUGCACUGAUUGGGCUUAUCUUAUGUGCAUUAGGUUUAUAUGCUUCUGGGACGGCCAUUCAUAAUGAUGCCAGCAGUACUGUUUUUACCUGUGCCAACACUGACACAUAG